AUGUCGCCUCAUGUUUCUCACGUGCCAUUACUAGGGCAGGGUGGUGUAGAGGGUACCACGGACCCCAACAGACUUGUCCAUCAGUACAAACAACUCGAGGAAGAUCCAGGCACCUUCAUGCUGGACAUGUAUAGGGACACCAUACGGCGGAAUCAUCAAGAGCCUCACUCACAACGUUCUCGCGCCAACGUGGUGUCAGACAUCGUCAGCUCUAUCAAGCAGGCUCGUUUGGCGGGCAAUCUGUACUUGGAUGAUCUACUCCGCACGGACUUCAUGUCUGUAGUGCUCAACAUUAUCCUGGAUGGCCACUUCUGUGGAUUCAGCAAAGACGAACUGCUGUGCUGGUCCACAAAUCUGACUGACUACCUCGAGAAUGUCAAACCAUACGUCGUGUGGACGAUAACACUAUUCACUGUUUGCUUAGACGCUGCCAUCUCGGUUUGGGAGUCCAGCUUUCCCGCGUCAUCUGCGCAAUACAGAGAGCUUUCCGUGGUUUUUCAUUCCCUACUCCGUGCCAGCUCAAAAUUCUGGGAUGCACUUUGGGAGAUCAGGACCCCGUUCUUGGAUUCGCAGCCUGUUCCCUCAGAGGCCACGCACUCUCCUGUCGACAUGGUCGACCAAAUAAUAACCGACUUUGCCACGUUGAGCUGGUUCAUUGAGCGAAGACUCGGGCCAUCAUGGCCCGCAACGAUCAGAGCACCGUCCUGUCGCAUAGCCCAUGUUAUGGUUGCCUGCUGGAUAUGGGGCUCACAGGAAGUACGGCGCCACACCGCCCUGGAGCAGGCGAUGAUAAUGGCAGGGGACAGGUGCCAAAGCCCUGCUCAUGGUUCUGGGUACACUAAGAUUUUUCAAAACGAACUACAAGUCGCAGGCUGCACGGGACCAAUGCAAGUCGCUGGGGCUAUCCUGAGAGAUUACAGGGGCGAGUUCAGAGGUGUCAACCAGAUGCUCCACGCACUGUUGUGGGCCCUCACGGUGCUUCGUCCAGACAAAAAAAGCCCAAUGACGUCGAGCCCAGACGUCGAACGGGCACUUCUUAUGGGGGCUCUAGCAGCUGCGAGGACACAGGCGUGCGUGGUCAACGUCACAGAUAACGGGUGGGAGCUCGGUAUGGAUCUUCUAUGCUUCUUCAUCACAAAUCUUCAGAACGAUGUGUCCAUGCUAUCGUAG